CAAAAAUGUCAGACUCCUCCGGCACAGUCCUAUAUGUAUAUGUAUAUGUGCAUACCGGUGAUGAAUCAAAAAUUUGAACGACGUGGUGCUACGCUAGUCGUAGAGAACUUUCAUAAAACACUUAUUUUCAUCAGUCGUGAUCAUCAGUUUUAAACAACGCGGAUUACAAGCUGGGUCGUUCUUUAAUGUCAAAUAAAAAUUGCAAAAAGAGUGAAUCAAAAAGACAAAUAUGAGGCCCUAUCAAAGACGACAGCAAGCUGUGGAUUAUGGCAUUUAUUUGCUGUUUAUGCAGGCCUUCAAUUUUGGAAUAAAUAAAAUUCCACCUGCCACACUUAUUGGAGUUAUAGGACAGGCAUUAUUGUACAUGGGAAUGAUAAAAGUUCCAUGGAAUGCAGAGGAAGUAUGCAUAUCAUCAUUGAAAAUCUUUCGAGAUCGAGACUGGCGAUCCUUCAUUGUCUCAAACUUCGAACAUGGGUCAGAUAUGCAUCUAUAUUAUAAUAUGAUUUCCUUCAUUAUGAAAGGAUCUUACCUCGAACCAAUGUAUGGUACUACAAAUUUUGCAUUGCUGGUAGGAAUAUUGAGUUUGGCAUGUAGUGCUAUGUAUGUUUCUUUGGGUUAUAUCCUCAUGCAAAUUACUGAAGAUUAUGCAUAUUAUACUGCGUGUGCCAUUGGGUUCUCUGCAGUUUUGUUUGCAUUAAAAGUAAUCCAAGUUUGUGAAGAAAGCGACAGGUUACAAGAUGUUGGAGGUUUUACAGUUCCUAGUAAAGUUUCCUUCUGGGUGGAACUUGUUUUAAUUCAUAUACUAGUACCAAAUUCCUCGUUUACUGGACAUCUCGGAGGAAUUUUAGUUGGCUGCUUGUAUUGUUACACUAGAAUAGGGGAAAUAGUAGAUAACAUCAUUUAUACUAUUACUGGAUUCCCUAUUGUACAUGAAGAACGAUUUUAUAGACGACGUAUACUCUUCUAAUUUGACUAUCAAUGAAGUUUACUAGUUUUUCAAUAUUAUUAAAAAAAAGAGAAGAAUCCUUUUGUCUUCUGAAAUGCAAUGUGGUACAUAUGCAUGCCUGCAUUUUAAAUGUAACUCUUAUAUGCAAAACUCAUUCUCUGACAUACGUUGUAUAAUAUUACAUAACUUAGACUAUAAUUAUAAAUUAUAACAUAUUGUAAA